AUCAAGUAAGUUUUAAAUUCAUAAAACUGCUACCAUUGAACGGUCAGUUGUGAUUCCACCAUUGUUAGCGUCAACUAAUGAGAACUUUCAGCCAUCCUCUUCCUAGCUAACAGAUUGAGCGAAGUUUCGGCUAUACUUCUAUGUUAAAAUACAAAUAAAUACCGGGUGCAACCAGUGGUUAAAAUCAGGUUUUCAAAUUAGUUAUGGUGUCCUAUCUUUUCAAACUGUCACUGUUAUAAUUUAUAUAUCUUUAUACUCAUGUGACCACAUGCAUGAUGCAAUAGUCAAUACAUAAUCAGAUAAUAGUUUCAAAAAUAGUCUUCAAAGCGGGGUGUAAAAAAAAUAAAACUUUUAAAGACCUGUAACACAAGGGCAGAAUUGUUGCAACAAAAUGGCACCAACACACCGUGUAAAAGGGAGACUACUGUAGCUAAAUAUUAGACUCAGUUACUUUCCUUUGCCAAACCACGGAAUCACUUGACAGUUCGAUUUCCUUUUAGUGACAGCUUUAAACGGUGUUUCAAUAGGGUUCCAUUGUGAUUUCUGAUAGCAGAAGAUUGGCGGCCAGGUAAAAACGUUGAAAGCCUGCUGGACAAUAAAGAAAUGCUCGGAAUGUUUAGCCAGGCUAAAGGCUACAGACGGAUCAUGUCUGCAGUAAGGCCAAAGAAAUGUAAAUAGAAGCUAGAUAGGUCUUGAUUGAAAUAGGGAACAGGAGGAGAAUGGAGAAACCCUGGGUCGUGAAUUGAUUUCAAAUUACACGUCAAUCCUACAAGUAAUUAUGCCUUUGAAACAGGCUGAACAAGAGGUGCAUUUAAUAAGCAAGGAAUACUGUCUGAUCAUUAUUCACACCUACAUAAAGACCUACGUAAAAAAAAAUAUAUCUAAAUAACAUAGAAGCUAUUUGACACUAGUCCAGUCACAAACAUAUCACAUACAUACACACAUGUAGAGCACAGAUAUAAACAUGUUUAUUUGCAUUAGAAAAGACUGAGUAGAGUCUCCAAUUACUUGACAUAAAAGCAACAAAAUGAAAAUUCAAAUAAUACAAGUCAGUUGAAUUAAUGUGUGAAUUUGUUUGUUCAUUAUAAACACUGUGAACAGUUCAAUAGAAACUGGACAAAGAUUUAGACACAAUUGUGUUCAUAGUGGAUUUAAACUGAAUAAAAUACCUGCUUGUUUAUAUCAUCUAAACCAAACUAAUACAAAAUACCAAGAGGGGUUGAUGGAGAGAACUAGUCUGGAAUCUAGAAAGCCAAAGAUGUCAUCCUUUUGGGGUGUAACACGUGAUGACGGUGUGGACAUUGGUCACUCAGAGUAUAUUACUCGACUAACAGCCUUGAGAGAUUCUUUGAUUGACCAAGAACAGGUUUAUUUAGCUCAAGCACUUGACCGGCUGAGAAUUCAUUCCCUAACUAAUAAAAACAGCACUUAUCGGUUACGGAUGAUUAGCGACGAUAUUAUUGACAAAGUUCAGCAACCCGCCCCACGUAAACACAUGCAGACUACAGUUGAAAAGUUUCGCCAAAUGAGAAUCAAACCUCACAGGCCCAGUAUUUUUCCUAUACAAGGGACUCAACUUUUGGAACAGACGUCUGGUAGAAGGGGCACCAUUAAGGAUUCUGGAAGCAUGACAAGUAGAUCGACAAAAGAAAACUUACCUACGGACAGAUCACAGAAGUCGUCUCAAGCCAAGCUAGAAGAGUCUAUUCAGGCCAACCUUCAAAGACUUCUUCAGCCGAGAAGCAGUAUUCCUAAUAUUGGACGAAAAGCAAUCAAACAGCAAGAAAAUUUGGAGGUCAAACCAAAGCCUUUAGUGAACAUAAGAUCACGCGUCCACAAGCACAUCGGAAAACACAUGAUUAAUCCUUCACCAGCUGCCAAGACACAUCUAUCGUCCACAGGGGUUCUAUCUCCAGACUAUCAAAAGAUGUAUGCUGAAUCUCCCGGCUUAGAACCAGGCUACAUCUUGCUUAAAGACGAUACACUGGAUGUGGACACUAUUCAAGGAUGUACUUACGAUUAUUAUCUUGUGCCUCCAUGUUCAAGAGAAGCUGAAGACAGCAAUGUGUUAGGUUUAAGUGAAAUUGAACAUUCGGAACAUGGAAGACAAAAUACAAAACAAACUGCCCGCAAUUCUAAACUGAAACAAACCAUGUCCACACUACAAGCUUCUAAUACUUCAGACACACGCUCUGAAGAAAAGGGCGAUGCAGUGCAUUUGAAAAACGUUAUCAGCGUUGUUCUACCCAAUAAUUCUUACGAUGAUAUCGCUGGGCCUACAUUCUACAGCUCUGACGAUGACUCAGUCGAUCUAAAUUAUAACACUGAUAAACACGGCAGGUCACACUCGUUAAACGUUGUUCGCAGUUCAGAUGAUUUACAUCUUGGUUCAUCUUUUACCUCUGAACAUUUUUAUCUACCUUCUAGAAAGCAUUCCAGAAAAAUUGUCACAGGAAACACCCAUUCCCCUAGGGCUCAAGAAAACCGUAAUACUGUACACGAAAAAAAACGCUCGCGAGACACCCCAGCAGUAAUAUUAAGUCCAGCAACUCCCGACGUUGGCCUUACGCCUCCACAGCGAGUAAGAAACAGUCAGAAAACGUCUCUGGAGAGAACCAAUAAACAAAAGGAGAUUCGGCAGAGAGAGCUUCAACAUUUAUUUGAGGACGUUCGAGAACUAAACAUGAGAACUGAGCAAUUUACCUCCAAGUCCAUGGAUACUUCAGCUUAAAGAGAACUGAGCAAUUUAUCUUCAGGUCCAUGGAUACUUCAGCUUAAAUAGAACUGAGCAAUUUACCUCCAGGUCCAUGGAUACUUCAGUUUAAAGAGAACUGAGCAAUUUACGUCCAGGUCCAUGGAUACUUCAGCUUAAAUAGAACUGAGCAAUUUACCUCCAAGUUCAUGGAUACUUCAGCUUAAAGAGAACUGAGCAAUUUACCUCCAGGUCCAUGGAUACUUCAGCUUAAAUAGAACUGAGCAAUUUUUCUUCAGGUCCAUGGAUACUUCAGCUUAAAUAGAACUGAGCAAUUUACCUCCAGGUCCAUGGAUACUUCAGCUUAAAUAGAACUGAGCAAUUUACCUCCAGGUCCAUGGAUACUUCAGCUUAAAUAGAACUGAGCAAUUUAUCUUCAGGUCCAUGGAUACUUCAGCUUAUAUAGAACUGAGCAAUUUAUCUUCAGGUCCAUGGAUACUUCAGCUUAUAUAGAACUGAGCAAUUUACCUCUAGGUCCAUGGAUACUUCAGCUUAAAUAGAACUGAGCAAUUUACCUCCAGGUCCAUGGAUACUUCAGCUUAAAUAGAACUGAGCAAUUUACAUCCAAGUCCAUGGAUACUUCAGCUUAAAUAGAACUGAGCAAUUUACCUCUAGGUCCAUGGAUACUUCAGCUUAAAUAGAACUGAGCAAUUUAUCUUCAGGUCCAUGGAUACUUCAGCUUAAAUAGAACUGAGCAAUUUACCUCCAGGUCCAUGGAUACUUCAGCUUAAAUAGAACUGAGCAAUUUACCUACAGGUCCAUGGAUACUUCAGCUUAAAGAGAACUGAGCAAUUUAUCUUCAGGUCCAUGGAUACUUCAGCUUAAAUAGAACUGAGCAAUUUACCUCCAGGUCCAUGGAUACUUCAGCUUAAAUAGAACUGAGCAAUUUAUCUUCAGGUCCAUGGAUACUUCAGCUUAUAUAGAACUGAGCAAUUUAUCUUCAGGUCCAUGGAUACUUCAGCUUAAAUAGAACUGAGCAAUUUACCUCCAAGUCCAUGGAUACUUCAGCUUAAAUAGAACUGAGCAAUUUAUCUCUAGGUCCCUGGAUACUUCAGCUUAAAGAGAACUGAGCAAUUUAUCUCUUGGUCCCUGGAUUAUUCAGCUUUAAGAUUACUGAACAAGAAAUCUGGGCAAUUUAUAUCAGCUUAAAGUGAAAAACUUAAUUGGCUAAUGUUCAGAUUAGAUUAUGGAACAACAUUGUCUUAAUUUGUUGUUAAAUAUUUGGGUGAGACAAGGUUAGUUGAUAAAAGUGCUUAACCCAAUGUCACUAGCGUGAAAAACGGUUUGCAUUUUCAACAGAAACAACUUCAAAAUUUCAGUAAAAAACAUUUUUUUACUUAACUAAAAUUAGGAAAGAAUGUAAACCUAUUAGAUACUAAUUGUGUAGAAUGUGCCACCAUUGCAAUAUAUAUGUAUAUGUAUUAAUGAAAUUUCUGUAAAGGUCCAAUCACUCGUUGCCCUGCCUAUUUUCAGUAUUUAAAUAAUACAAACAUAAAUUAUUUGAUUGAAAAAAAAAUGUUUCUAUGUCGAAGUCUUUGAAAAUGUCUUAAUACUCGCUAGCACUAUGUUAGAAGGUAAGUGCUAACUAAUUUAGUCAAAUAAUAAAAAAAAACAAUUAAAAGAACAACUCUUUAGCCAACUUAUAGAGCUAUAUAUUACUUUGCUUUUAAUCACUAAUAAAUAUUUGAUUUAGAAAAACAUUAAAGUAAUUUUCCUUUUUUUUUUUUACUCCCUCACACUCCCCCCCCCCUCCCUAGAAGGAAUCCAGCUUUAGCAAAUGUCUAGAUCUACUAAAUCUUAUAAAAUGCCAAUAAUAAGCCUUUAGAUCUAGACUUAGACGUCAACGCGAAAUACCCGAAGACAUAUUGUCUGUUUAAGAUAAAUAGCACAUCGUUUCCUAGACAAAUAUAAAUUGAUAUAUUUUUACUUUGAUCUAUUAUAUCUCGAGUUCUCCCUGGGCGUGACCAAUGAGCUAAUCAUUCUUUUCCCAACGCCAUACAGCAACUGUUAAGUUUCAAGGAAAAUCUUUAGAGCCGUUUCUCGAGUUCCGUGUCCAGGUUCCAACCACCCAGGCUUUUCCUAUCCAGAUUCCGCGAAGUUAAAAAUGUUUGUAAAAUGUUUUACACAUUUCGGAUGUUCCUUCAGAGUUGAAGAUAAUCCACUUCGUAGUCCAAACCUCCCACAGGACGACGGGGGAUUGGAGCGGGCAGGGUUUAAACCCUGGACCAUCGAUAAAUCUGAACGAGCAGGCAGCCAGUUAUGAGUUGAAUAGAGGCAUUGUAAUAUUAAUACUAAAUAAGUACUAAUAAUACAUAUUUUAUUAGGUUUAAAAAAUGCUCCAUUCUUUAAAAACUCUAAUAUUCAUUAGUUAUUAUGACCACACAAAAAAAAGUCGAUCUCUAAGUUGCAUAUAUAAGUCAUUGUCUUUUUUUAAAAAAGUAUAUCAUAUACAUUUGUUUAGUCUACAUCUACUAAAAACACAUGAAGGAUUCAAAAUAAUAUGCAAUUUCACCCAAUAUAAGUCUUGCUUUUUAAAAGGUGUUUUGUAUAUUUGACUUGUUUACUUGUAAGAAACUUCCUAUGUUAAAUUAAAAUUUCAUGAUUGAACAGUCUCUCUCUAAA